AUGAAUCGUUAUUCGUUAUUUAGGUUGGAGCUGAUGUCUGCUAAUGAGGCCAGCAUUGAGAAUUUUGUUCAAACGGUAUUGACAUACUUAAAGGACAAGAGUUUAGAUGGUCUAGACGUGACUUGGCUGGAUGGCCCUACUUCUGACGAAUCUAGCAGAAGCACAGAGCUACUCACAAAUUUUCUGAAGAGACUAAAAGGCGCAUUUAAAAAAGAAACACAGCCUCUACUUCUGUCAGUGUCUGUACUAGGGCCUGUUGACCACAGUGCGGUCACUUAUGAUGAGCGAACACUUUCACAGUAUGUGGACUUCAUCUCCAUUCUGCCUACUCAGCUCAAAAAGGAUGGAUCAUAUAUUGUAAAUUCUGUCCAACACUGGCAGGACCAGCAAGUUGACCUACGAAAGCUCAAUCUAGCUAUGCCUGCUUUUCUAUGCCGGUCACGACAAAGGCAUCACCAUAGGGAUCACCUCAAGCAUGAUGACAUGAAUACAGAGACAGGAAAGAAGGAUCACAUCCACGUUUUGGGCUUAUACCUGGGCGAUCAGGCGUGUCAGGCCAUUAAAAGUGGACAAGAGUGGUUCAUUACUUUAACAAGUCUCUCAGAUGAGCAAAGUCUUGUCGAGGAGGUGCUUCAGAAAGGUUUUGGUAUUAUAGCGGUUGUCUUCAUAGAUCUGGACGUCUUCUAUAACUCCAUAUGUGCACACCUUACUCAGGAUGAACGAGCGAUUGUUGAAUCAAAGGUGAUUCUGCAUUCACAUCAUGGACACAGACGUCAUGAGCAUGGUGUUCAUCAUCACCGCAGGAACCAUCACCACAGCCGCCACCACCAUCAUCACUCUUUUCUUCCUUAUGGCAGCCAUAGUCACCAUCACCAUGGACAUCAUCAACAUGGACAUCAUCAACAUGGACAUGGUCAUCGUCACCAUGGUCGUCGUCAUCACCAUCACCACCAUCUUCCAAUAAUUCCUCAAAGCAACAUAACCAUGGAAGAACGGCAUGGUGUGGAGUGAUCUUAAUAUGUAAUAC